CCUCUCAGCUCAACAGCCUGCAAUAACAAAACUGAGUCACCUAAGAAGGUUUGGCUGGGCCUGCUGUAGAGGCAUCCAUUUUGAGAAGGGUUUUUGCCUCACAGCACUCAAAUGUCUGCUAAACUCAUAACUGGCCAGUGUGGAGCUUGCCCUUAGCCACAACAAGUUCCUCUACGACAAGAAAUGGUAUCUUUCUUCUAUCCUCAAUGAUUAACUAAACCCAGAGCCCCCUUACUGUAUAUCAGCCCGUAGUAUGAAAAGCUGGAAUAAGAUAUUCAAGAGAGGAGACCCGGAGAGUGUGGAUGGGAACUCCUCUUUGCAGAAAAACUCCUUGAACAACGCCCCGCUAGAGCUAACCCCUCAGAGGGCCUUAGAUGACGACCUUUCAGAUGACGCAAACUCCACUGCCCACUCAUCCAGCACUCCCCCAUAUGUACAAGGAGUGGGGAGUGGUGGGGACGAGGGGACCCUUAAGGACAGGUUGAGAACUCUCCUCCCCCAAUCAUGGGGCAGUAUUCUCCAGAAAUGGAGCAAUGGGGAUGCUGACUCUGACCUGGGCUCCGCAGGGGUCAAGAUUGUGCCCAAUGGGACCAGGGUGAGUCCACCUGUCAGUCCCAUACUGGAGAGGAGGUACUGGGACACUCAGGACUCACUGGGGACCUCCAGCAAGAGUUCCCAUAGGCCCUUGUUGAGGGACGUUCCUAUAGAUAAUGACCUACUCCAUUAUCUUCCAGAGGAAUCAGAGCUGACCAGUAUCCAUCCAGCUGAGUACUAUGCUGAGAAGGUGGAGGUCUACAAGCUGAAGUACUCCUAUAUGAAAUCAUGGCCUGGGUUACUGAGACUCCUGGCUGGGUUUGAACUUCUCUUUGGCGGUAUGGUCCUUGCCUGUGUCUGUGCCUACAUCCAUAAGGACAGUGAGUGGUCGAACUCCUAUGGACUGUACAGUGGUGCGUAUAACAAUGGAUAUGGCACAUCGGGGAAGUCCUAUAAUGGACCUAUGACUCUAUUCGUGAUAGCGGUGGUUGGGGUGGCGUGGAUUGUAACCAUCCUCCUACUGGUGAUAGGGCUGACCAUGUACUACCGUACCAUUCUCCUGGACUCACCCUGGUGGCCUCUCACUGAAGGAGUCAUCAACGUCGCCCUGUUCCUCCUCUACAUGGCUGCUGGUAUCGUGUACCUGAAUGACCUCAACCGUGGGGUGUGUUACAUGACUAUAGGUAUUAACCCCAUAAUGUCCAGCCUGUGUCGGGUGGACGGGGGCCAGAUGGCUGGCACGGCUUUCAUCUUCAUCAACAUGCUGAUGUACCUCAUCAGCUUCCUGGUGUGUCUGAAGAUGUGGAGGCACGAGGCCACCCGCAGGGAGGUGGAGUUCUUUGAGAACCAGGAGAAUCUGAGGCCCAUCCCUGUGGCCCAGACCAAAUCUCCCAAUCCGCAGACCAAGAGGAUUGUAUUUGAGGAUGAGAUGGACAGCUCAAUGAGGGCAACCAAACUCCUCCACGUCACAGACUUUCAGCAAGAGGAGCCAGGCAGCCGGAACAGAGCCAUCCCCACAGGGUACGCCCAGAAGCCCAGAGUCAUCGCCGAUUAUGUCAUGAAGUAUCCAGAAAUCUCCUCUUUGGAGGAUAGGGAGAAAUACAAAGCUGUCUUCAACGACCAGUAUCAGGAGUACAAGGACCUUCACAAAGACAUCAGUGAGACCCUCGUGAAGUUCAGAGAGCUGGAUGCCAUGAUGGGUAAACUCCUCAAAGAUGGCAACAGUCAUGAGGAGCAGAAAAGAAUCCAGCGGAUUUUGAAGAAGUACGAGCAAAAAAAGAGUGACCCCGCCUUCCUGGAGAAGAAGGAACGAUGUGACUAUCUGAAAGCUAAAUUAAGCCACAUCAAGAACAGGAUCCGCAAUUUCGACCAAGACACCAUGGCAAAGGUUCGGAUGUGAAGAAAUUAGCACGUACACAGAGGAAACAAAGGGGCCAUUAUUAUUCUGUUCCUGUCACGUCUUCUCUGUGAGACUUAUUUCAGCACUAAUUGUGUUUUUGGCGUGUUCCUUAAGUAGGUUUCAGUAAAUGGCUGUACAAAUCAGUAAACUGUUGUUACAUUAUAGCCUGCAACACUUUUUGCGCUUACUGUAAAAAUGACUUUCCCACGAAUAUUGUGUGUGAGUUUCAGUCAUGAAGUGAAUGAACUCAUAAACUCAUAAACGGA